AUGCCAGAUAUUAAAAUUACUCCACUUGGUGCUGGUCAGGAUGUUGGCCGUAGUUGCAUUCUACUGUCAAUGGGAGGCAAAAAUAUUAUGCUCGAUUGUGGCAUGCACAUGGGUUACAACGACGAAAGGAGAUUUCCAGACUUCACAUACAUAGCACAAGAAGGCCCUCUCACAAGCUAUAUAGAUUGUGUUAUAAUUUCCCAUUUUCAUUUAGAUCAUUGCGGAGCUUUACCAUAUUUCACUGAAAUGGUUGGGUAUACAGGACCUAUCUACAUGACACAUCCAACGAAAGCUAUAGCUCCCAUUCUUUUAGAGGAUAUGAGAAAAGUUGCUGUAGAACGUAAAGGAGAAAGUAAUUUUUUUACGUCACAAAAUAUUAAAGACUGUAUGAAGAAAGUAGUGGCUGUUACUUUACACCAGUCCUUAAUGGUAGAUUCUCAGCUGGAAAUCAAAGCCUAUUAUGCUGGACAUGUCCUAGGUGCCGCAAUGUUCUGGAUACGCGUGGGUUCUCAAUCUGUAGUGUACACAGGAGAUUAUAAUAUGACACCUGACCGACAUCUGGGUGCUGCUUGGAUUGAUAAAUGUAGACCUGACCUCUUAAUAACAGAAUCAACUUAUGCAACAACCAUAAGGGAUUCAAAGCGGUGCAGAGAGCGUGAUUUUCUAAAAAAAGUACACGAGUGUGUUGACCGUGGUGGUAAAGUUCUUAUACCAGUAUUCGCCUUGGGUAGAGCUCAAGAGCUUUGUAUUCUGCUGGAAACUUAUUGGGAACGAAUGAAUCUUAAAGUGCCAGUGUAUUUUGCAGUUGGACUUACAGAGAAAGCCAAUAACUAUUAUAAGAUGUUUAUAACUUGGACAAAUCAAAAGAUACGCAAGACCUUUGUACAGAGGAACAUGUUUGAUUUUAAACAUAUAAAACCCUUUGAUAAAGCUUAUAUUGACAAUCCAGGAGCCAUGGUAGUGUUUGCCACCCCUGGUAUGUUACAUGCUGGUUUAUCCCUUCAAAUAUUCAAAAAAUGGGCACCAUGUGAAAAUAACAUGGUUAUAAUGCCUGGAUUUUGUGUUGUGGGAACAGUUGGUCAUAAAAUACUAAAUGGUGCUAAAAAAAUCGAAUUCGAAAAUCGUCAUAUAGUUGAAGUGAAAAUGGCUGUGGAGUACAUGUCAUUUUCCGCUCAUGCUGAUGCAAAAGGUAUUAUGCAACUUAUACAGUACUGUGAACCAAAAAAUGUACUAUUAGUGCAUGGAGAGGCAACAAAGAUGGAGUUUUUGAAGGAAAAAAUUAAAAAAGAAUUUGAUAUCGAGUGCUUUACACCAGCAAAUGGAGAAACAUGUGUCAUAAACACUAAUGUUAAAAUACCAAUUGACGUUUCUUUAAGCUUGCUCAAAGCUGAAGCCAUCAAACACAAUGCACAGCCUCCUGAUCCAAAACGACCUCGUGUAAUGCAUGGUGUGCUUGUAGUGAAAGACAAUGCUAUGUGCCUAAUGGAUGUUGAAGAAGCUUGCAAGGAAGCAGGAAUAAAUAGACACUUUGUGAGGUUUACUUCUACACUGAGAAUGGAAGAUCCUGGUCCAGCGAGCAAAACAGCAGAAAAAUUACUGCAGUUAAUUAAGUCCCGCUUAAAAGACUGGCAUGUUCAGCUGACAGAAGCCUCCAACAUUUCAGUUGAAUCUGUACUAGUUAAGGUUGAAGGCUCUGAUGAUGAACAGAAGAGUGUUUAUGUAUCAUGGGACAAUCAAGAUGAGGAGCUUGGAAAUUACAUUUUAGGGCUACUACAAACAAUGGGCCAUCAGAAUGUUGUGUGAAACACUAUGUUGAUGUUUUACUGCUACAAAACUUGGUGUUUGCCUGAAACUGAUUAAUUAAAAUAUUGUAUUUAUUUGACACUGUGAAAAAAACUCUCAAUUUUUGUGCAUAUCACACAAACAUAUUCAUUCCAGUUAGGUGUGAAUAGAUUAAGAAGAUAAUAACUGAGACACCUUUCUUGUUUCAAUGUAUUUUAUGCUGUUUUCCAAAGCUUUACAUAAUGAAGAAAAUUUAAUUUU